AUGUCGAGGUAUGAUCGUUUUUGCCAUAGCUUAUUUUCCCAAUUGAAAAAUUUGAAUAAAUCCGAGGAGAGUGUUACAAUUUAUCAUAGGGAUCAUCUUUUUAUUGUCGAUGCGUAUGUUAGUCCGUCUCCCGAUUAUAGACGUUGUUAUAUGAGAGUUGUUUUACAAAAUCAAAAAUGUCUUGUAAGAGAGUCGAAGAUGGAUUUAAAAUAUAAUUAUCAAGAGAGAGACGGUUGUUUUGAUCUACAGUUUUAUUUUCCCGGUCAAUGGGGUCAUUUAUGUGGUAUUUUUCAUGAAGAAUGUUAUAGAGCCGUACAACAAUAUUAUAAGGAUGCUAGCAAGUGUAGUCUAGAGGGUGUCCGCAUAAAGAUUUUUCAACGUUGUGAGCGCGUUAUGGUUAGCGAAAUGUUAAUAAAACAACAAGUGGAAUAUUAUAAGAAGACAAGUCAUUAUACACUAAUGGAACUGGAUCCAAAGGGUAAAGCUAGACCGCAAAAAUGAUAACAAACUUUGUUUAUGUUUCAGCUUUGAUGAGAAAAAAGAUAUUUAUGUUCAUUUACCCUGCGAUACAGUUGAUGAUGAUGAACUCUUGCGAGUAUUUCAGAUUAUUGCCGCCGAUUAUAAGUUUUAUGAAUUUUACAUGCGUGUGGCUAGAGAGCAACAAGUACAGUUAGCGGGUGGUCGUUUAUGGCCGACUGUAAUUACAAAUGACGAAGUGAAAGCGUUGCCAAGUUUUUAUAUUUAUCUUAUAGCUGUGGAGCAAUGCGAGAACGGUGAUCGAUUUAUGACGAUCGGGAUUAUACACUGGUUGUUUGGGAUUUAUGCAGAUUUGGAGCUGUAUUAUCGCGUCUAUCCCGAAUCGUUUAAACAUCAACCCGAGUGGAAAAACACACCGAUCUAUUUACCCUCUGUCACGUUUGGGGAUAUCGAUUUUAAUCUUGAUUAUACCGAACACCAACAGUUGAGACCUAGUGAAGCGCGAAGUUUUGUGGCCGGUGUCGUCGAUACAUUAAUUACAUUUACAUGUGAAAAUUGUGAGAAAGCUUAUGAGAGUGUAGCCGUCGAGUUUGAAAAAGAUCAUGGAAUGUGUGUAUCAAAACGUUUGAUACAGGUUAUGCUAUAUCAUCAAAAACUGGUUCAUCGCGUACAGGAUUGGGUGAUCAAGAGUUGCGGGUGUUCACGAAACGAACAAGUUUGCCAUUGUGGAUUGUACACGCAACUCGAUAUCGUGAAGUGUAAACAGUUGUACUUUAAAGACGCAGGAUUAUUGGUCAGCGAUGCGGUGUACUUUACCUCCCCGGGAUAA